GCGAGCCGCAGCGUGUGCGCUUGCGCCGAGCUCCGGGACAGGGCGUGUUCCCCGUUCCGGGCCGCGUUUUGCUCCGAACGAGUGCAUCUCUUGCCACUCAAGUGCGCCCUGCGGAAACCUGUGGUUCUCUCGCCCCACCUGUUAGGUGCUGCCUUCCGCGAACAUGUCCAAGUCUCUGAAAAAGUUGGUGGAGGAGAGCCGGGAGAAGAACCAGCCGGAAGUGGACAUGAGUGACCGGGGCAUCUCCAACAUGCUGGAUGUCAACGGCUUGUUCUCCUUAUCCCACAUCACACAACUGGUCCUCAGCCAUAACAAGCUAACAACUGUGCCGCCAAACAUAGCAGAGCUGAAGAAUUUGGAAGUGCUGAACUUCUUUAAUAACCAGAUUGAGGAGCUGCCCACACAGAUCAGCAGCCUUCAAAAACUCAAACACCUGAAUCUGGGCAUGAACAGACUGAACACUUUGCCUCGAGGAUUUGGCUCUCUCCCAGCUCUUGAGGUCCUUGAUUUGACUUACAACAACUUGAAUGAAAACUCUCUGCCCGGAAACUUCUUCUACCUUACCACCCUGCGUGCACUCUAUCUAAGUGACAACGAUUUUGAAAUCCUGCCGCCAGAUAUCGGGAAGCUCACAAAGUUGCAGAUACUCAGCCUUAGGGAUAACGACCUGAUCUCGCUGCCUAAAGAAAUCGGAGAGCUUACUCAGCUUAAGGAACUCCACAUUCAGGGGAACCGCCUGACCGUUCUGCCCCCAGAACUAGGAAACUUGGAUUUAACUGGUCAGAAGCAAGUGUUCAAAGCAGAGAACAAUCCCUGGGUUACCCCCAUUGCUGACCAGUUCCAGCUUGGUGUGUCCCACGUGUUUGAAUAUAUCCGUUCUGAGACAUACAAAUACCUCUACGGCAGACACAUGCAGGCGAACCCAGAACCGCCGAAGAAAAAUAAUGACAAAUCGAAAAAGAUCAGCCGGAAACCCCUGACAGCCAAGAACAAAUAAAGGGUUGGCAUGGGCUGGACUUCUCGUUACUCCUCUUCCUUGUUACUACUUCUGUUCCCUGUUACUGUAUGCCACCAAUAAAUACAAGGUGUGUGUCGCUUUUCCACUCUCUCCUUCUAGCACUUAGCACUUCACCUCUUAACAUGCUUUUGGUAGGUGGUAGAUUUUUAUAAGUUCUCAAAAUCAUUUCCAUUUGUUUCCUUACCACUGCCAAAGGCAGGAAACAAAGCUCUAAUUCAACUGCAAAUUCCAGAGGAGGCACAGACCUCAGCUCCUUGAAUAGAUGUUCACUAAGGUGCGUGUUCUCAAAAGAAUAAUUAAAAAAUCAGGCGAUCACUUAAAUGUCACCACUAACACUGUUCGCUCUUCUGUUUAUUCACAGAACUCAUUAUUUUGCUUUGUGAAAAGCUUUCCUUAACCAUCAAGGUAUUGUGUUAACUUACAAGUCGUUUUUAAUAAAAUCUUGAAUUUGUAUCA